AAUCUCGAGAUCGAAAUUGCCCAUCGUGUCGUGUCGCGUUAACCACUGGGCCAACUGCUAUAAACUAGAGAAAUUAUCAAAUAUUUAAACUGAGUCAAAUAAAACUUAAAAAAAUAAAAGUAUGUUUCGAUUAAAUCUAAUAAUUGUAAGCGUUAUAUCAUUAAUGAAGCCGUCCUCCAUGGCUCAAUUUCCUACAGCCCAAGAUACAAGGCAUGAGAGAGAACCACGACAAACUAUUCAUCGGAAUUCGGACGGUAGCAUAACUGCUGCAUUUGCUGCGAGCAAUGCAUUUCAAGUACCGGGUGGGGGUGGGAGUGCAUUUGACGUUGCACAAACUGUGAAUAUUGGACCAAAUGGAGCCACGUUUGGAGGAGGUCAAUCAUUUUCGUCAGAUAUCGCAGGGAAUCGGAUGUCAUUUGGCCAAUCCAAUUCUCAAAGUUCACAGUUCGGCCCGAAUGGAUUUUCAUCAACAGGAGCCAAUGCUGCUUCGAAUUCUUUUUCGAACCCACUCUUCCAAUCUUCAAAUGCUCAAGCGAAUGCUUUUGCGAAUAAUAAUAGAUUGAUUGGAUUUUAAAUAUUAUGAUAUGAAUGGGAUCGAAUAAUCUCUUAAUCUAAGCGCCGUAUGUAAAUUCAAUUGUCAUCUGUGUAUUUAUGAAUGUGUGUGAAUAGUAUGGAAAUAUUUCUUCACCAUAUUUUAUGGUGUAAUACUUUUAACUUUUAAUCAAUAAAGUAAUUAAUAAUUUGCUUGACAUA